AUGGCCACCUACUACGUGCAACCCGGGUACCAGCGCCCCCGCGCCUACUCCCAGUCUUACGGCCAUGCGCCGCAACAGAUUGUCUACACCCACUCGAACCAGUCCCACCAUAGCUCGCCCCAGCGCCGGGCUACCGCGUACCCCCACCACUCCGGCGCGUACUACGCAGCGCCCCAGUACGUGGCCCCCACCUACCACCACGACUCCGGGCGCCAUCACCACCAGGGCCACGCUCGCGCUGGCUCCGGCGGCGUGUACUACACCUCCUCGGCCCCUUCCCACUCGCGCCAUAGCCCCUCGUCUGGCCAGCGUCGUUCGGCGUCGCACAGUCGUCACCACCGCUCUCAGUCGGUCCCGCGGACUGUCCAGGUAGUCGACGCCCGCCGCCCCCACCACACCAGGAGCUCGAGCCGUCUCCGCCAGUCUCCUCCGCACCAGGCCCACCACUCUCGUCCCGUCGGCGAGCCUCUCAGCGAGCGCAUCCGCCGCAUGUUUGGCUUCGGGCACUCCUCCUCCCGGCCCCAUAACCGCGACUACGUCGAUGCCCGCAGCGGCCGCACCGUCGACUGGCGCGGUCGCCCCAUCUACCGCGUCUGAGCGCGUUCACCACCCCCGACGCGUCCACUCGACGCGUUGCGGAUCACGGACUCACCCCGGACUUGCCUGAUCCGCCUGGCGCGCGGUCGGUUAACUCUAAUAUCCUAUGUCGCGCGGUGCAGCUCCAUCACGCACGUCCUCCGCGAGGCGUGCACCGCCGCGCGUCUCACACCCUCCUUUGUUCAUUUUUUAUCCCUUUCGGCGCCGGCAUCCAGUUUGGCGUCCGGACUAUCGUUAUGUCUUCCUAGUCUGCUUUGUUUCGAGUCCCCUGCCCCAUAGUCGUCUGCUCUGCAUCGUUGUUUACUGUAUCGUCCUUCACAUAUGCCCCGCCCAGACCACGGACUCCAUGCGACUAGUGUAUCGGUAUUGUGUACUAUAGUUCUUACCAUGCCGCGCCUCACGACCGCUCUCACGUCACCCACGUUGCUGCUUGUGAUAAUGCUUUCGGCCCCCUUUCAUCCGUUCUUGUCCUCUAAUGACCGUUUUGUACUGGUACGAACGUCCCGGACAUGCUGCGCAAU